UGUUUACUAUACACGUUCGUAGCACUGAACCUGAAUACUGUGCCUCAAAUAACAAACAACAAUUAUUAAAACAAAACACGAAAAUGAGUGACGAGUGCUCCUUGUCGGCGAAACGGGUAGCAUACUUCAUGACCGGGCUAAAUAUCCUCAAUGGAAUCGUCAACCUCAUCUGGGGCGCCUACAAAAUCGACUCCGUCCAAAUAGCAGGUGGCAUUGUUUCCUUAUUCGCUGGAGCUAUUCUUUUAGUCGGAAUAAUUAAGGACAGCCCGAAGUUCCUUCUCGUUUAUUUGAUAAUAGAGACGGUACUGUUUGCUCUUGGUACCAUCUGCGGCCUGCUGUUGAUGAUAGUGUUGGUGACGGUGUCUUCGGAGGUGGUCGAAGGUCCAAGAGAUGUGCAUAUUGGAAGUACUUUUGUUGUCGACAAGUAUAUGGCAGGAUUGAUCGCGUUUGUCGUGUUGGUGAUCAUAAUUAUCUCGUGGGUGGUGCAUUUUCUGAUAUAUGUGUUCUAUGACGACGUGGUGGCGAGGGCGCGGGAGGUAGCGCAGAGGGGGGAGGACACGAUGGUGAGGUAUGAUAACAUGGCGGAGAUGAGUGAUGGGACUAACAUGGAGAGUGGGAUUGUUUUUGUACGGAAAGCUUAA